AUGCAGGACCUAAAUCAAAACCGUAGCAUUUCAGAAGCACUUGCUUAUGAGGACCAGUUCUUCCAUGAUCAUCCUGUGUAUCAUGGUCUGUCUGAUUGUUGCGGCAUUCCCCAGUUAGCAAAGAAGUUAAAUCAGAUUCUGGAGCACCACAUUAGAAUGGUCCUACCAAGUUUGAAGGAUGAACUAAAUUGCCAUAUGAUUGCUGUGGUAAAAGAGCUGCAGACAUAUGGAGAAGUAGUGGAAUCAAAAGUGGAACAAGGGGCAGUUCUGUUGAACAUCUUGAAAAAAUACUGUGAAGCUUUCUCUGCCCUUGUUGAUGGGAAAAGUCAGGAGAUGUCAACUAGAGAGUUGUCUGGUGGAGCCAGAAUCCACUACAUUUUCCAGUCAAUUUUUGUGAAGAGCUUGGAGGAGGUGGAUCCUUGUGAAGCUCUAACAGACGAGGAUAUUCGAAUGGCCAUCCAAAAUGCCAAUGGUCCAAGAAAUGCUUUAUUUGUGCCAGAGGUCCCAUUUCAAAUUCUGGUUAGAAGACAAAUACAUCGUUUGUUAGACCCUAGCCUUCAGUGCCUACGAUACGUCUAUGCUGAACUUCUAAAGAUGAGUCAUGCUUGUGAGGCACCUGAGGUGCAAAGAUUCCCAGUAUUGAGAAGGAAGCUGGAAGAUGUCAUGGGAAAGUUUUUGCGUGAUGGCAUAAAACCUGCUGAGAGAAUGAUAGGAAACAUGAUUGAGAUGGAGAAGGGUUAUAUAAAUUCUUCACAUCCAAAUUUCAUAGGUGGAAGCAAAGCAGUAGAGCUUGCAGUCCAGCAGUUACGAUCUUCUCAGGAUGGUACAGAUGUUGAAAGUGUAUCCACAUUAGAGCAGGGCCUGAGAUCUCGAGCAGUUCUUGCUAAUUCAGUUGUGAAAGGUUCUUUGCCUAACCAGGGAAGUCAUCCUCAGUCCAUGAAUGAAAGAUCAGUGUCAGCUGGUAAUGCAUACUCGAGAACUUGGGGAAUUUCAUCAAUAAUUGGGAAGUGGGCAUCACCUAAUGAUUGUUCAGCUAACACAGCUCUUGGUGAAACAUUUCAUGAUAUGGAGCUGUUGCCCUCUAUGAUACAAUUGAGAGACCCUCCACCCAUCUUAAAGCCACUAGAAACACAAACAGAGCGUGAAGCAGUGGAAGUAAUAGUAACCAAAUUACUCCUGAGGUCUUAUUAUGACAUUGUUAGAAAGAACGUUCAAGACUUCGUUCCUAAAGCUAUAAUGCAUUUUCUGGUCAAUCAUACAAAGAGGGACCUGCUUAAUGCCUUUGUACAAAAACUAUACAGAGAGAACCUCUUCAAAGAGAUGUUGCGGGAGCAGGAUGAUGUUGUCCUAAAAAGAAAGCAGAGCCAAGAAAUGUUCUGCGUUCUGCAGCAAGCUAUUCAGGCAAUUGAUGAGGUUGAUUCUGAAAUGUCAUCCCCAAAUUCAAAUUCAAGCUUCAGUGCUGAUACAACCAUGCGAUUGCCAAGAACCCUGAGUCAUCAUUCCCAUGUCUAGCGAGCAUCCAACAGAGACACCAGGUCAUCUUACAUAUAACAACAUAUCAUCCUCCCCAAAUCCUUGAGCUCCCACACUAUUCCAUUCCUGAAAGCAGACAUUACCUAGCAAUACAUAUAGUGGACUCCACAAGGUAUUUAUAGAGUUUCAAUUUCUUCACAGAAAUUUCAUGUAGUGGAAAAGUUGAAGGAAGAAAACAAAGUUUAUUUUUGUUGAAGAGUAUGGAAAUGCUGUAUUUGCAAUUCUGUAUAUGUUCUAGGUGUUUAGUUUCUUCCAUGAAGAAAUGCUUUUCAUACAUAAAUAAGCUACGAGUUGAACAUGCAGAUAGAUAUUGAAGUCCAAGACUUUUAAGCCAAACAUGGUCUAACUUUUUGUAAAAUAAAAUUUGAUAACUCUUGAUUCCUCUUUUCACUCUGUUUUUAUGUU